CCGAGGAGGAGGGCUCGCCGGAGUGGUACGUGAAGAAAGUUAUGGACAAUUCUAUCAGCAAUAAGCAGAUGCAGAGUUUGGAGAUUAGUCUACGCACCCAGCCAAUUGCGUGGGUCAGGGGGUUUGUUGAGGCCCAAGGCCAAAUAGCCCUCACCAAUGUCUUGGCCAAAAUCAACCGCAGGAAAGGGCAGGGCCCAGCACCGCCGCCCAGUGUGUCGCAACGAGAUGCUGAAAGGGACGUGGAGCGCGAGUACGAUAUCAUCAAAUGUCUGAAGGCGCUCAUGAACAACAAGUAUGGCGCCGAUAAUGCGUUGCAACAUCCGUCAAUUAUCCAGGCCCUCGCCGGGUCCUUGAUCUCCUCGCGAAUAAACACCCGAAAACUGGUUUCUGACGUCUUGACAUUUCUUUGCCACUGGGGAGAGGGAACGGGCCACGAAAAGGUGCUCCAAGCACUUGACAACCUUAAAGUGCAAUAUGGCGAAAACGGCCGCUUUGACGCAUGGAUGCGGAUCGUGGAAGUUACGGUUGAUGGCCGCGGGAAGAUGGGAUCCAUGGUGGGUGCUUCAGACGAAGUCCGCAGUGGAGGCAUUGGCAUGGAGAACCUGUUAAUGGAAUACGCCAUUGCUACGCUCUUCCUCAUCAACAUGGUUGUCGAUGCACCAGAACGCGAUCUCCAGCUACGAGUGCACAUUCGGGCACAGUUCACAGCAUGUGGGAUCAAGCGGAUCUUCAACAAGAUGGAGGGCUUCCAGUACGAAGUUAUCGAUAAGCAGAUCGAGCGAUACAAGGCCAACGAAGCUAUCGACUAUGAAGACUUGCUAGACCGCGAGAACAGUUCUAUGGUGGAUAGCAUUGAGGGCGAGGUCAAGGAUCUUAACGACCCAACUCAAAUUGCAGACGCGAUUAUGAGCAAGAUCAAGGACAGCCGAGCUCAAGACUACUUUUUGUCCGCAAUGCAACAUCUACUUUUGAUCCGGGAUACCGAUGGGGAGGACCGACUACGAAUGUUCCAAUUAGUGGAUUCAAUGCUCAGCUAUGUCGCCAUGGACCGACGACUACCGGAUAUGGACCUGAAGCAAAGUCUGAAUUUCACCGUUCAGUCUUUACUAGAUAAGCUUUACACCGACUCCGAGGCACGACAAGCUCGGGAUGAGGCGAUCGAAGCCCGGCAAAUUGCCGAUUCGGCCAUUGCGGAGCGAGAUGAGAUGAAAGCGGAAGUCGAGUUGGGUGCAGACGGGUUGGUGCAGAAGCUUCAAAGACAGGUCGAAGAACAGCAACGCAUCAUCGAGCUACGUGGAAGACAGGUCGAACAAAUGAAAGCCGACCUUGCAGAAAUACAACGAAUCCGUGCACAAGAAUUGCAGCGUAAUGAGUUAGAAACGCGUGAGCUAUAUUUGAUGCUCCGAGAUGCUCAAGAUGUUGCAGCUUCUGCAGCGAAGAAGACUGGAAAGGAAGUUCUUGGUGCAAGUGACCCCAAGCAGAUGCAGGGCAUUCUGGAUCGCGAACGUCUGAUGAACAGGCUGGAGAUCCAACUCCAGAGGGCAAAGACUCAGGCACAGCUCGAGGGCAAGAAUCUACAAGAACAGAUGCAACCCAGCGAAAAGCUAAGAGAGCUGAGGGAGAGAAUGGACGGCACCAUGGGCGAAAUGCCGGACCAGGGUUUUGGCGGAUUCGAUCCGAACUACCUAGGUACCGCAAGAGCAAAGAGUGGCAUGCCACGAAGAAAGCCCGUUGGCGGUUUCGCGGAAGAUGAUCAGACCAUGGCAGAAGCUGGUGAAUACGAUGACGACGAUGCGAUAAUCGAGAAACCACGGCUGGUAGAGGUGCGGAAGCCUAAGAUGAGCGCUUCUCAAGCCACUAACCUUCUUGGAGAAAUUGCAUCGAAAGUCAAGCGAUAUGACGACUCUGACAACGAAGAUGCAGGUGAUGGUGUCACAACUGGCCCCUCACACCCAAGCCUCGAAUCGGACUCACCUAAGACUCCUGCGGAUGCAGAUGGCAAAGUCGAUGCACCAAAGCCUCAAGCUGCAAACAUUCCUCCACCCCCUCCUCCUCCACCCGGUAUGCUUGGAUUUCCAGGCGCCCCUGGUAUUCCUCCACCGCCGCCCAUGCCCGGCACUAAUGUUAAUAUUCCACCCCCCCCGCCUCCUCCCCCUGGUAUGCUUGGAUUCCCUGGUGCUCCUGGUAUCCCUCCACCACCUCCUAUGCCUGGCCAGGUCGAUGGACCUGGCAUGCCUCCACCUCCACCUCCACCAAUGCCGGGAGCAAAGCGUCCUGGAUUCAUGCCGAAGGCCAACUUUAAUGCUCCGGUCUCGAUCAAUAUUCCUGGGGUCCGACCUUCGAAGAAACUCAAGGCUCUCCAUUGGGAUAAGGUCGACUCGCCACAGACGACAGUUUGGGCUGUGCACGCGCCCACAUCGGAGGAGAAGGAAGAGAAGUACCGCGAACUGUCCAAGAAAGGUGUAUUGGAAGAAGUCGAGAAGCUCUUCUUGGCAAAGGAGAUCAAAGCCAUUGGCAAGAAGUCGUCUAAGAAGGACGAAAAGAAACAAGUCAUCUCUCGAGACCUCAUGCACAAUUUCCAGAUCAGCAUGGCCAAGUAUUCUUCGUUCUCUGUUGAGGAGGUAGUGAGAAUGAUUAUCCAUUGCGAUAGCAAGCUUUUGGAUGAUCAAGUUGUGAUGGAGUUCCUGCAGAAGGCUGAUUUCUGUGACAUCCCGGACAAUACGGCUAAACUUAUGGCUCCAUACUCCAAAGACUGGACAGGUCCGAAUGCUACUGAGAGCAAACGCGAACUGGAUCCUAACGAACUCACCAGAGAGGAUCAAAUCUACCUCUUCACCGCCUAUGAGCUUCACCACUACUGGAAGAGCAGGAUGAGGGCGCUUGCACUUACCCGCACCUAUCUUGCUGACUACGAUGAGAUAUCUACCAAGCUACUUGAGAUCUCGCGUGUAUCAGAUAGUUUAAGAAGCUCGUCUAGCUUAAUCAGUGUGCUUGGUCUGAUCCUCGAUAUCGGCAACUUCAUGAACGACGCUAAUAAGCAGGCGAAUGGUUUCAAGCUAUCCACGCUUUCUCGCCUCGGCAUGCUAAAAGACGACAAGAACCAAUCUACGUUCGCCGACCUCGUCGAACGUAUCGUCCGAAACCAAUAUCCAGGGUGGCAAGACUUUACCGAGGAAAUUGGCGGCGUCAUCACGGCCCAGAAAAUCAAUGUUGACCAGCUGCAAACAGACGCCAAGAAGUACAUUGACAAUAUCAAGAACAUCCAAAUGUCGCUUGACGCGGGUAAUCUGUCGGAUCCCACAAAAUUCCAUCCCGAAGAUAAGGUGGCCAUUGCCGUGCAGAGACACAUGAAAGAAGCCAGACGCAAGGCAGAGCAGCUGCAGGUUUUCUUGGAGGAUAUGCAGAAGAUGUAUGAUGAUAUUAUGGCGUUUUAUGGAGAGGAUCCGCAGGAUGAUAGUGCGAGGAGGGAUUUCUUUGCGAAGCUAGCAAAUUUCGUGCUUGAGUGGAAGAAAUCCAAAGAAAAGAACACAGUACUCGAAGACACGCACCGCCGCAACGAGCAAUCCAUGCGCCGCAAAGCAAACGCCCUAACCCCAUUAUCCACAGCCACACUCUCCGACUCAGACUCGGCCCCCAAAUCUCCGGCUCCUACGGGCGCCAUGGACGACCUCCUCCAGAAACUGCGAGCCGCGAAGCCAGAAGCAAGAGAUCAGCGUGAUCGUCGUCGUCGCGCGAGACUAAAAGAUCGUCACCAAGUUCGCGUUGCAAGUGGCCAGAAGAUACCGGAAUUAGACGUCAAUAUGGAAGAUGGGGAGGGUGGUGAGGGAGGCGCGGGUGUAGGUACAGGUGCUGGGGCAGGGACAGGGAAAGAAGGUAUGCUGAGUCCGAUGUCUGAAAAGGGAUUUGAAUCAGAGGGCUCGAAUGCUAUUACCAGUCCUAUAGAUACGACGCCCGACGUUGCGGAUCGCGCGGCUGCGAUGCUAGAAGGCCUACAAACAAACAAAGACGGCUCCUCUGGCUCGUUAUCCGUGCGUAGAAGACGAGAGUCCGCGGAUUCGGAGCGCGAAAGACGGAGACGUAGACGUGCGGCGCAGAGUUCUGCGAAGAGCGAGGAUGGCGGAUUAAUGAGUCCGCCUCCUAUAUUAGAGGAGGGGGAGGAGGAUGGCGAGGGUGAGAGGAGGAGACUGAGUAUUGUUAGUGGGGAUGGGACGGACGGGACGGGGACGGGCGGUAUGAGUACACCGAUUACAGUUGUUAGUCCCCCGAGUCCGGAACAGGAGAGGAGAAGGUUGCCUACGCCACCACCAGAGGUGAUGUAGGGGUCGGGGUGGGCGUAAUAUGUUUUACUUGUUGGUAUGGGUUGGGUAGGCGGGUGGAUGGGGGAGUUGAGGACGGGGUUUGUACAGUACGCUUGUUGGGAAGACUUUGGACUUUGGUUGGGUGCGCGUCUAAGCCGCGAACGAACGAACGCUAUUUGGAGAUUUAGGAUAUGCAUUGUUUUUUUUUUUUGGCUCUCUCUUCACUUUCUGUUCCCCUCUCUUUGCAAGCUGCCUUUCUAUUCUAGCGUUGUUGGUUGCUUUGCAUGGCUG